CUGUUCUAUCUUCGUGCUACAAACAUUCCAUGCCUUAAGUGCCCACGAGCUGACAAACCCAACCUCUCUCAAUUUCCACACGGUCACCAUCAUUUCCAGCAAGCCCACGGAGAAAAAAACCCCAAAUUCUCCAAUUUUAUAUGACUCAGUGCUCAAUCAAAGCAAAAUCUGAUUAAGACCUAAGAGCGUGUUUGCAUUCUUUGAGGACACUCCACAAAAAAAUGCACGCCAAGACAGACUCAGAGGUCACUAGUCUAGCACCCUCAUCCCCCACAAGAUCUCCUCGCCGGCCAGUCUACUACGUACAGAGCCCAUCACGUGACUCUCACGAUGGAGAGAAAACUACGACGUCUUUUCAUUCCACCCCUGUACUCAGCCCCAUGGGAUCCCCACCUCAUUCUCACUCCUCUGUUGGCCGCCACUCGCGUGAAUCCUCUUCGAGCCGGUUUUCUGGGUCGCUGAAGCCUGGAUCGCGCAAGAUCUCACCAAACGAUGCGUCUAGAGGGGGUCGAAAGGGACAAAAGCAGUGGAAAGAGUGUGAUGUUAUUGAAGAAGAAGGACUUCUUGAUGAUGAAGAGCGUCGAAAGGGUCUCCCUCGUAAAUGCUAUUUCCUAGCUUUUGUUGUUGGUUUCUUUAUCCUGUUCUCUUUUUUUUCUUUGAUUCUUUGGGGGGCAAGCAGGCAACAGAAACCCAAGAUCACAAUGAAGAGUGUUACAUUUGAGCAAUUUAGAAUCCAAGCUGGUUCUGAUUCAACAGGAGUAGCAACUGAUAUGAUCUCUGUGAACUCCACAGUGAGGAUGACCUAUCGCAACAAAGGAACAUUUUUCGGAGUCCAUGUGACAUCAACACCUGUGGAUCUAUCCUACUCUGAAAUCACUUUAGCAUCAGGAAGUAUCAAGAAGUUUUACCAGUCAAGGAAGAGCCAGAGAUCGGUAGCGAUAUCUCUUAUCAGCGAUAAAAUACCAUUAUACGGGAGUGGGGCUGCGUUUAGCAGUUCAACAGGGACAGCUACAUUACCAGUGCCUCUAAAAUUGAACUUCGUUGUUAGAUCAAAAGCAUACGUUUUGGGAAAAUUGGUUAAGCCAAAAUUCAACAAGAGAAUCGAGUGUGAUUUCACUUUUGAUCCAAAGAAGCUCAACGUGCGAAUCUCGCUCCACAAGGCUUGCACAUAUGAUUGAUCAUCUGUCAUCACAUGAAGAGGAAUUUCACAUUUUUUCUUUUAAUUCAUUAUUUUGUUUCGAGGACAAGAACCUAGAAAGUCAGUGUGGAAAUGGAAAACAGCUCAGCAGGCAAACAGGGCAAGGCGAGUCACACACGGUAUUGGACCUUUUGGUUUGCCCAGCUGCCCAUUGGGAGAAAAUAACGCCUUGCAUUCGGCGGUGCGUUGUGAGUUGUGAGUGGUGACUCUCUAUUUGUUUAUUUUCCCUACACAUGUAUUAUAUAUAUAUAUGGCUAGAAUAUGAUGUAAACAUGAGUGUUAAUUCAUGUGUUAGCGCUACCAUUCGUGUAAUUUAGUUCUUUGAUAAAGCUUUACCCCACGAUGUAAUCUUGUUCACAAGUUAUUUUCCUUUGGUCUCUUAGAAUUCAUCAAGUGGCCUGUUAAAUUUGUUA